UCUGUCGCUCUCUCUCGCUCUCUCUCUCUCUCUGGCUUGGACUUCCAAGUUCAGAAGCUUGGAUGUUAAUGGGGACGUUGUUGAGCGCUGCGAUCACUCCGCUCCCUCCACUUUCAGUCGUCAACGCUGCUAGCCACAAGCCUACUAAAGCGCCUGCAGUUCGUUGCUCGAGGUUAAGUGGUCAUGAUAAUGUAAAAAUGUCUCAGUCAUCAAGUAGUGAGCAAGAAAUAAAACAUAAUGAUAUUUGGAAACUCUUCAAAGAAGCACAGCAAAACAUUUUGUACUUAAACAACCAACGUCUGAUGGCUGUGGAGGAGCUAAAUGAGGCUAAGAGAGAGAAACAAUUGUUGCUUGAUAGGAUAGAACAUCUUGAGGCGGUGAAGCAACCCAGUGUUGGAAAAGAUAAUCUAUCAGUUGGCUGGGAUUUGCUGCUUCGGAUAGAUUCAAUGGUCCUCACAGGCAUGAUUGGCACAGGAGAAGCAUCUAAUGUGAGGAGGCUGAUCAUGGACUCAAAAAUUAAUGUAGCUGAUGUUCUUCCCAACAUUUGGCAGAAGGGAGAUGCUGAGCUUCUGACAGAGCUUCGCCACUUCACUGACAAAAGUAAAAAGAAUUGCUUCCACAUUGUUCACAUUUGUACUGAAAUGGCACCAGUGGCCUCUUUUGGAUCGUUGGCAUCAUAUAUAACUGGCUUAUCUUGUGCGUUACAAAGAAAGGGCAACUUUGUUGAGGUUAUUUUACCAAAGUAUUCAAAGUUGGACCUAGACAAAGUCCAAGGAUUGCGAGAGAUUGAUGCAGAGUUUUACUCAUAUUAUAAUGGUCAAUUGCACGGAAACAGGAUUUGGACUGGUGUUGUCCAUGGUAUUGGGGUUACUCUUCUUCAACCUCUAUACUAUUCAUCUUUUUUUAGCCGAGAGCGGAUAUAUGGUUACUCAGAUGAUUUUGAACGAUUUACUUACUUCUCUCGUGCAUCAUUGGAUUACAUAGUUAAAUCUGGAAAGCAGCCUGAUGUAUUACAUAUUCAUAACUGGCAGACUGCUAUUGUUGGGCCGCUUUUUUGGGACAUUUUUGUUAAGCAGGGGCUUGGGAAUACUAGAGUAUUGUUAACAUGCCAUGGUUUCGAUAUUCAGUGCAUCGAGCAACCUGACAAGCUAGCACUUUGUGGACUUGAUCCUUCUAGACUUCACCGCCCUGAUCGCUUGCAAGAUAACACUAAGACGCAUCUUGUAAAUAUUUUGAAGGGUGGAGUUGUUUACUCUAAUAAAGUUGUAAUAAUGUCAUUCAUGCAUUCAAAAGGCAGGUUUAUUCGUAGUUUGAAUCAUGGGUUGGAGCCCACCUUGGCAAUACACAAGGAUAAGUUGUUAAUUGCUCCUAAUGGCUUUGAUGACUCCACAUGGGAUCCUUCCAAGGACAAAUUUCUUCCAGCGAUCUACACUGCAGAUGAUAUGAAGGGGAAAGCUAUCUGCAAAGUAGCACUGCAGCGGCAUCUGGGGUUGCCAGAGCAUGCUUCCACUGUGCUUGUAGGAUGUGUCCUCUCAGAAGUUUCAGAUGUUGAUCUGGAGAAGUUGAAGGCAGCUGUUUUGAUUGCUUACAGGAGAGGCAUUCAGUUUAUCUUCAUGGGGUCUAGCAAAAUGCCAAGUAUAAACAGGGCUCUAGAAUCUUGUCAAGAAGAACUCAAGGAUGAAAGUGCCAGAUUUAUAAAAAAAUACGAUGAGGUUUUAUCACAUUUAAUCUUUGCAGGAUCAGACAUUAUCUUGUGUCCAUCUUUUCAUGACCCAGUGCUCCAAGUUCUGCUGAAGGCUAUAAAAUAUGGAGCAGUGCCAAUUGCAGUGAUGUACAAUGACAACAGAUUGGGGCACAGUGGAGAUCGUGAAUUUGACAGCACCAAGGUAUUGCACUACAUUGGCAGUACCUUUGCAAAUAUGUCCCUGAGCCAAGCCCUUGAUGAAAUGAAGAACAAUCCAUUGCAGUGGAGUCAAAGGAUCCUGGAUGCAAUGGAAAAGGACUUCUCAUGGGAUGCAGAAUGCAGUGAGAUACAUAUUGAUGCUUAUGCAUUCCUAAAAGACUUGUGAAGCUGGUGGAAUUUCAAAUGUGCAUAUGCAUAUACAAAUGUAUCAUAUGUGUAGCUUUAUGGGCACUGCAGAGACAAGGCAUUCUUCUCUAUGUUGAUGUAUUUGUUAAUAGACUUCACGGAGGGGGUGGUGGAAUUAAUUCAAGUUUGUGGUCUUUUAGUGUUGAAUGUAGCAGCAGUAACAAAGUUCAUUUGAGAAAACAGCGUGAAGACAUAUGCCAGCUGCUGGUUGAAGAGAGCAAUAUUGAGGGCCCACUGGACUACAUAAUGGGGGUACUUCAUCCCCUAUUCUACCCUUACCAAUGUUAGAAAAAUUGAGAUCCCCAAUACAGAAGUCUUUCCAUUGUGAUGUCUUGGGGAACAAUAAAUGUUUCAAAUUUUGUUUAUGCAUAAAGAAAAAAGAUUUUCGUUGAUUUUUGUGGGGAUUAGUUAUUAAUGUGUGCCCUAAAGGUACUUGUCAAUAUUACUAUCUUAAGAACACAUAUUUU